AUGAGCACGCGUGGCACCUUCUACAAUGAGUCACACGUGCUGAAGUACGGGACGAAGAUUGUCGACCAACACGCUACAAAGAAGCACGUAGUCGGCGCUCAAAGCUACAUGUGCAUUACUUCUGGCAAGGAGGUUACCAAUGCACACCAAAAGGCAGGGUCGAAACGCAAAAAUCCUGCGCCAACGAAGGACGUGAAGGGCUGGACGGGCCUGUCCUUCCGGUUGUUGAAUUACAAAUCGCACGUGUCAGUCGGCUUCCACACAAGUGGGCCGAGUACUGCGCCGCCUUCAAUGAGGCAAAGAAGACGUUAUUCGAUGUGCAGUCGCCGUUCGUCAACACGAUCUCCAGUCACAUCGGCCGUUCCUUUCCGGUUGUGCUCGCGCUACAUCUUCCUGUAG